AUGUCGGGAAUCACCGACUUCCUCGGCCGUGCCAUCAGCACGGUCAAGCAGGCCAUCGACGCCGAUAACGCCGCCGAGUACGAAAAGGCCUUCCAACUCUACACCAAGUCGCUCGAGCUCUUCGUCCUCGCCGUCAAGUGGGAGAAGAACCCCAAGUCCAAGGAGCUCAUCCGCCAGAAGACGGCCGAGUACAUGGACCGCGCUGAGAAGCUAAAGACGUACCUGAAUGAGGCCGAGGCCAAAAAGAGCGCCGGGGGGGGAGCUGGUGGGAAGACCCCCGGCGCCAUGGGCGUCAAUGGAGGCGGCAAGGGCAAGGCGAACGACGACGUCGACGAGGACAACAAGAAGCUGCGCAACGCUCUCAGCGGCGCCAUCCUGCAGGAGCGGCCCAACGUGCGGUGGGACGACGUUGCCGGUCUCGAGGGCGCCAAGGACACGUUGAAGGAGGCCGUUGUGUUGCCCAUCAAGUUCCCGUCGCUGUUCCAGGGCAAGCGCCAGGCGUGGAAGGGUAUCCUGCUCUACGGCCCCCCGGGAACGGGUAAGAGUUACCUGGCCAAGGCGGUCGCGACGGAGGCGAACAGCACCUUCUUCAGCGUCAGCAGUUCCGACUUGGUGAGCAAGUGGAUGGGAGAGAGUGAAAGGCUCGUCAAGGCGCUCUUCAGCAUGGCGAGAGAAAACAAGCCCUCGGUGCUCUUCAUCGACGAGAUCGACGCCCUCUGCGGCCCCCGCGGCGAGGGCGAGUCCGAGGCAUCCAGACGUAUUAAGACGGAGCUUCUGGUGCAGAUGGACGGUGUCGGAAACGACAGCAAGGGCAUCCUGGUGCUCGGCGCGACCAACAUCCCCUGGCAGCUCGACGCCGCCAUCCGCAGGCGCUUUCAGCGCCGUGUGCACAUUGGUCUGCCCGACGUCAACGGCCGCGCCCGCAUGUUCAAGCUCGCCGUCGGCGACACGGAAACGAACCUCCAGCAGGACGACUAUCGCGUGCUGGCCGAACUGUCGGAAGGCUUCUCGGGCAGUGACAUCUCCAACGUGGUGCAACAGGCUCUGAUGGGCCCCGUGCGCAAGAUCAUCCAGGCCACACACUUCAAGCCGGUUAUGCAGGACGGCGUCAAGAAGCUGACACCUUGCUCGCCGGGCGACCCAGACGCCAAGGAAAUGACGUACCACGAUGUCGACUCGGAGGAGCUCAUGGCGCCCACCCUCGAGCUCAAGGACUUCAAGCAAGCACUCAGGGACUCGCAUCCCACCGUCUCCGAGGACGACGCGGCAAAGCAAAUAGAGUGGACAAACGAGUUUGGUAGUGAGGGCGCAUGA